AUGAAGGUCGCAACCACACCAGACAUCAAAGUUAGUGUAGCGGAAGUAUGCGAGGUCCGUGGUGCUGGAUUAGAAGCACAUGAGCUGCUCUCCUUAGCAGCAGCUGCUGCUGAAAGUUUACCUCCAUGUCCGAAGGGGACAGUAUUUGAUACGGAAAAUGUAUUCAUAUCAAGUAAAGGAUCAGUAGAGAUAAAAACCAUUCCACAAUCGAAGGCAGACUCUUGCUUCAUACCACCAGAAUGGUCGAAAGGUGAUGAUGAUCCUGGAGCGGCUGCCGUUUAUUGUAUGGGAGCAGGUUUGUAG